AUGAGUUCCGUUAACGGUUGGGUGAAAGUUCAGCAACGAAUAAUUAUAAUAAUGCUACUAGUUGAAUACCCGGGAAAGUUGAAGGUCCAUCACUACCAUAUCCAUCGCACCGAGGGAAACUCCCUGAGCCUGCCUAACGGUCAUUCCAAUGGUUUCGCCAACGGUAUUGGUGGUGGUGCCGCCAACGGCAACUCAACCUCCAACUCCGGAGGUGGUGGUGGUGGCGGCGGUGUUGGUGGUGCUGGUGAAGCCCAAUUCUACCUUUCCGAAAAACAUGCCUUCCCGACCAUUAGUGAUGUUAUUCACUAUCACAAGCACAAUUCCGGUGGCCUGGUCGUGCGCCUGCGUUCUCCGCCGGUCAAGGAUCGCGAAAGCCCCGUCACCGCUGGUAUGGGCCUGGACGAAUUUGAGCUGGAUCCUGCUGAACUUCAAAUUGAUCGCGAUCCCAUCGGAAAGGGCCAGUUUGGGGUAGGUCGAAGACGACGACGACGUCUGUUUGUGCAGUAUUUUUUUUCGCAUAACCACCUUUCACCGCCCAUCAUCAGUCAAUCGGAUAACCAGUUUUCUGUGCAACCAGCCUUUCUGUUUACUACUUUCGGUAUGUUUAUGCAGUCAGUGUUCUCGUAA